AUGUCCUCUAGAAUCAGUGUGAAUGAUAGAGAGGAUUCAACGGCAGAUUCAUACAAUGGACAGCUUUUGAGGGACAUUAAGGAGGUAAGUAGAGCUCUUUACUUGAACAAUGAACCUCAUCAGAAAGCGGCGGUUUCAUUGCCUCCUGUCCGAUCUAAAUCUGUUGCCAGAACUCAUGCUUUGGAUAUUACAUCGCUAAGUUCCGAUCAGGGAACCAUGGAUGUUGGGUUAUUGCCAAAUAAGAAGAAGAAGAAAUCUUUGGUACCAUGGGAUUGGAAGAAACCUUUGAAAGCUAUAGCUCAUUUUGGGCAGCGUCGGUUUGAUGUUUGUUUUCUUCUACAUGUUCAUUCCAUUGAAGGUCUGCCUUCAAACCUGAAUGGUACUAGAUUAGUUGUGCAGUGGAAAAGGAAGGAUGAAGUUAUGUCCACUCAACCUUCCAAGGUUUUGCAAGGAAUUGCCGAUUUUGAAGAGACCUUGAUGCACAGAUGUUCAGUAUACGGUACCAAACACGGACCCCAUCGUGCUGCAAGAUAUGAAGUGAAGCUUUUCUUGAUCUAUGCAUCUCCUGUUGAUGCUCCCUGGCUUAUUCUAGGAAAGCAUUGGAUUGAUCUCACCAGGAUCUUACCGUUGUCUCUAGAGGAACUGGAAGGUAAAAGAAGCACAAGAAAGUGGAACACGAGCUUCAAGCUAUCAGGCCUGGCAGAUUCUGCAGUGUUGAAUCUUAGUUUUGAUUACUCCGUUCUCACCAAUUCAGUCAGUGAUUCAACUAGUAGAAAUGUGAUGCUGAAGCGGGUUGGUAGUGUUCCAAGUAUGGACCAUAGAUCUCCACUGCUUGAUGAUGGAAAGGACUGCCAUCAAGUCUCACCGAAUCUGAGUCUGGAUCUUUCCCAGUCAAUAGAUGUUCUCUAUGAAAAACUUACUGAACAAAACCCACAUAGCUCAACAGGAAUUGAUAUCCGGGAUGAACAUCUGGGAAAAACUAAGGUAGACCUAGGUUUGGAGACUGAUAAGCAACCAGAUGACUCUAACGACACUGAUCUUGCUGUCACUCGAAAAGGAGUAGAGAUGUUUCAGCAAGAAAGAUCCAGGAUGGAAGACAGCACUGAUCCAAAUACAGAUUCCUUGGGAAUUGAAAUUAUUGAUGUCAAUGAGUUACUUAAAGAUGAAGAUGAAGCCUUUUUCGAGGAAACCGAUCUAAUUGAUCAGUUAUCAGUACCUGAACAAAGAAGUGGAGCAAGUAAUUCUUUGCCAAAAGAUUCAGAUUUUGGAGGAUCCAAGUCAGCUUCCAGUAGGCAGGUAAUUUCUGAGUCAAUCGAGGUUAAAUCUUCAUCGACCAUGGAUGAUUCUACUGAGAAAGAAAAUUUCUUGGAAGUUAAAUCUAGUUACAAAGGUGCAAAAAUAUCAACAAAGUCACUAAGCUUAGAUGACAUUACUGAAUCUGUAGCUAAUGAUUUUCUAAACAUGCUUGAACUUGAGGAACGUUCUUAUGUUUAUACCUCAGAUAGCGAACCUACAUCUCCUCGUGAAUACCUGCUUCGAGAGUUUGAGAAAGAAGCCUUUGCUUCUGGAAACUUUCUCUUAGGUUUAGAUGGAGAAGCAGAAUAUGUGUCUGAUAUUAAUGAGGAAUCAAAUGAUUUCUCAUUUUCAAGUUCUUUGGGUGUUGGGGAAAACAAGCGUGAGGGAAAAUCUCAGCUGUUAAUAGACAGAAGGAAGUCUAAGGUACUUGAAGACUUGGAGACUGAAACUUUAAUGCGAGAGUGGGAUUUAAACGACAACGGUUUCAAGAACUCUCUUUGUGAUCACUCUGAUGGAUUUGGAAGUCCAAUAGAGCUUCCGGUUGAUGAGAGAUUAGAGUUGCUGCCACUUGGAGAUAAUAAUGGUCCUCUUGUUUGGACAAAAGGGGGAGGGUGUAUCCGGUUCAUGAAUCCAUUACUGUUCAGAAAGUCUAAGGAUGCAUCACACCUGAUCAUGCAAGUUUCAAACCCGGUGGUGCUAGUAUCAGAAUUAGGUUCUGAUAUCCUUGAAAUACUGCAAAGUUUGUCAGCUUCUGGAUUUGAAGGACUUUGCUCUGAAGUUAAUGCAUUAAUGCCUUUGGAAGAUAUUAUGGGAAAGACAAUACAUGAAGUUAUCAAGGACGCAAGAAUUGAGAGAAGUGUACAUGAUUGUUCUGACAAGAGUAACAGUGUCGUGGUUCAGAAACCAUCAGAACAGCUGGAUUCGUUUCUUCCAAAAGAAGAACUCGGGGGCUUUGGCUCCAAUAUGUGUUCAGGUUAUGUACCUCUUGAAGCUCUCGCUUCCUUAGCUAUUGAUGAGAUAGAACUUCUCUCGGUAGAAGGACUAAAGAUUCAAUGCAGCAUGUCAGACCAAGAUCCACCAGCAGUCAUUGCACCAAAACCCAUGGAUCAGUCUAAGGCUUUAGAGUUAAUUAGUAUUUCUUUAACGUUGGAUGAGUGGUUAAUGCUUGACCGUGGAACGUUUCGCGGAGAUGAAACCAACAUGCAAAUAAGAAUAAUAAACUCAGCUAACCAUGCCUAUCAAUACCAAGCUUCUAGUGGAAAGGGCCAUACCUUCGGGAACAAGUUGACACUUGCUCUUCGAGUGUUGCUUAGAGAUCCAUUACGAAGUAAUGAACCUGUUGGUGCAUCUAUGCUUGCUCUGAUUCAAGUUGAGAGGUCUUUCGUUUCCUCAAAUCCACCUGUGUGUAGUUUGGCUCAAGAAGGAAGAACCAAGGAACCUUUUGAAUAUGAUACACAUUUGUGGAGAAUCACUGGCAUCGGUCUUGCGGGUUUGAAAAAUGAGCCUGGCGUAGACCAUCUUUGGGGUACAAAUUCACAGCAACAGGCUGGAUCCCGCUGGUUACUUGCCAGUGGUAUUGCUAAAACCAUCAAGUGUCAAGCUUCGAAGUCAAAGGCGAUCAUUGCAUCGAACCCACAAGCAACCAGAAAGAGAUUAGAUACAUUGUGGAGUAUAACAACCGGCAGGCACAAUCAAGCUGGUGAUUUGAGUAGCUCUGCUGCCUCUGUUCCAUUUACAAGAAAUUCAGACGUGAUAUUUACAAACAAAACAACAAAAAGAUUGUGA